GUGACUUGCUGACGCUUGUGCUUUCUUGUUCUGCUCUUUCUAGGAUUAACCGCUGCGGCAACUAGGGCACCGCCGUCUAGAAAACUUCCUCACAUCAGUUUGGUGCGCCAGCAGCCAGUCCAAAACGUGGACAGCUAUCUUGACAUACUAUUACAGCGAUUUAACUUGCCAGCGAUUCAUUUGCGCUCGCCGCCGACUGAGCGCAGGAGCAAAAGCAGCGAGGAGCAGGCAUUAUGGGGCGCAAGACUAAAGCGUUCAUAGACAAGAAAAAGGCCACUACAUUUAGCCUUGUCUAUCGCGACGAUGCCGAGGACGGCGACCCCGACGGCGGCCUGCGCACGCUGGCGCCCGCUGGCGGGCAUCGCGGCGCGGCUGGGGGCCAAGACGAGCCGGCGGACGAUUAUUAUGACGACUAUUACGACGAUGACGACGCUGAUGAGGAGGGCUCCGAGCAGGGACAGAAGAAGGGCGCCCUGGAUGACGAGGACGCCGCCUAUUUUGAGGGCUGCUAUGAUGACGGCUAUGACGACGGGGAGGAGAUGACGGAGGAGCGGCGGCGCGAGCUGAUAGCGCUGGGCUUCCCGGAUGACGGUUACGACUACCUGCGCCACAUGCGGGACCUGGGCAAGGGGAGGCAGCUGGCGGCGCGGGGCGGCGUGGAGACCAUCCCUGAGGAGCAGGAGCUGGAGGGCUUUGACGAGGAUUGGGAGGGUGAGGAGGGUGCCGAAGGCGAGGAGGAGGAUUUCACCAUCUACGACGGGCCCCCCGAGGAGGAGGUGGACGGCAAGGGCAAGGGCGCGGCAAAGAAGCUGGACGCAGCAGUGCUUGCAGCUGCCGAGGCGGCCGCGGCUGCGGCAGCAGCCGCAGCUGCAGCCGGCCCUAGCACCAGCGCCGGCGAUCGGAGCGGCGCCGGCGCCGCCGGUCCUGGCCCCAGCAGCGACCGCGCGCGGACUCGCGGUCCCGCUUCCGCCGCGCCGUCGGCACGGGGCGGCGCAGCUGCACGCGCGCGCAGUGUGGCUGGGCGCAGCGUGGCUGGGCCGCGCAGCUCGUAUGCGCGAAGUGCCUACGCGCGCAGUGUGGCGACUAGCGCGCGCACGGACGGGUCUGGCCUGGGCCCCAGUGUGUAUGUGUCGGCAAAGCAGCUGGUGGCGCCCAGGGAGGACGUCAAGGUAGUGGAUGCGCGCAGGCUCACGGUGGUCCACAAGGGAUUCGAUGAGGCGGCGGCGGCGGCGGCACUGCCUGCGGUCAGCGCGCUGGUCCGGCCCACGGAGGUCCGCGGCAAGCGCGGGCGACUCAUUCAGGACCUGGAGGAGCUGGAGGCGAGCCUGCUGGCCAUGGAGAACGGCAACGACCCGGAGCUGAAUGAGGUGGUGGAGGGAGACGAGUGGGCCGACUGGCUAGACGCCUUCGUGGCGGGCGGGGCCGCGGAGGAGGGCGAGGAGGCGGCAGCGGCAGGAGCAGCAGGCAAGGCGGCAGGCAAGACGGCAGGCAAGGCCGAGGAGGACGAGGAGGAGGAGGAGGAGGACGAGGAGGGCGGCGGCGAGAGCGAGGAGCCGGAGGAGGAGGAGGAGGACGUGGACGAGUGGCGCGCGCGGCACCGGCGGCAGGUGGAGGCGGCAGCGGCGGUAGAAGCAGGGCCAGCGGGAGCGCUCGGCACGGCUGCACCUGCUGAUGGCGAGCGGCCGGAGCGACCGUCGGCGGCUCUGAAGGCUGCGGUGGCGGCGGCGCGGGCGGGCACGAUGGUGGGCGGCUCGGUCGUGUCAAGCUUCUGGCGCCCGGAGCGGCGGGACCGCAAGGAGGGCUUUGAGGCGCUGGAUGCGCAGUUUGAGCGGCUGGCGGUUGAGUACGACGACGAGGAGAUCGGCGACCUGGAGCACGAGCGGUACGCCGACGCCGAUGAUGAUGAUGAUGACGAGCAUGACUCAGCAGACUCCGAAAUCGAGGAGGAUGCGGAGCGCGCCGCGCUCAAGGCGCAGCGGCGGGCGGAGAAGGCGGCGGCGCGCGAGCGCGUGGCGGCGGGCGGCGGCGGUGGCGCGGCGGCGCGUGCGGCGCAGGUGGCGGCGGGCGGCUGCGAGCUGUCCGACUUUGCUGACGUGUUGGAUGAGUUCCUGACGGAGCACCGGGCGGCGGAGGCUCUGGAGGCGGAGGGGCUCAAGCCGCUGCAGGGCAACGACGACGUGGCUGUCCAGGCCGCGACGCCCGACGCCGAGGCGCUGGCCGCCACCCGCGCCCGGCUGGCGGUGCUGGAGGCCAAGGCGGCGGCGGCGGGCUCCAAGGGCGACGGCGACACGGCGGCAGAGGCCAUGACGUUCGAGAGCCGCAGCGUGGUGGUGGUGCAGGAGGCGGAGCGCUGGGACUGCGAGUCCAUUCUGUCGCUGACGUCCAACCUGGAGAACCACCCCGCCAAGAUCGUGGAGCCGCAGCGGCGCACCGGCGGCCGCGGCGGCGGCCUCAUCCGCCUGUCCGCCAAGACCGGCAUGCCCGUGGCCAUGCGGGGAGGCGGCGGUGUGGUGGGCGCGACCAUUCCGGAGGAGGGCGAGGAGGGCGAGGAGGCGACUGCGCGGCAGGCAGAGGAGGAGGAAGAGGACGAGGAGGGUGACAGCGACAGCGAGGGCGAGGACGGCGUGCCAGGUGGCAGUGUUCUGGACCCGGCGAUGCUGAUGCGGCGCAAGGGCGAGAGCGCGGACGAGCGCAAGGCGCGCAAGGCGGCGGUGAAGGAGGCGCGGCGGUCGCAGCGCAGUGCCAAGAAGGAGAUGAAGACCAUGUUCAAGCAGCAAGCCACUAAGGCUGCCAAGCAGGGUGCCGGGAGGUCCGUAAACGCCGGCAGCACUUACGCCAUCCCCUAAGUAAUGAUGACGCAGAGCAGCUGUGGUCGCAUGGGGCUACGCGGCGUUACACAGGAUAGGCACGUGUAGUGCGUGAUACUGUACAGUCGGCCAGUCGCAGGGCGUGCUUUGGUGAUGGGUGGAAGAUAGACGAGACUGGGCAGCACCUCACGGCACGUCCGUGCAGGGGACGUACCGUAUAUGGACGGAUAGCCAGCAUGUGAAGAUGAUUAGUGAGGCUCUCUUUGGGGCGCACCCAGGCGCCUAUGCGCGCUCGAUGUGCGAAGAGCAAAUGGAUGAAGUCUGAGCGCAGCUCCGCCGGCGUACUAGCAACAGUGCCUGGUCUGGCCCAACUGCGCGAAUGCCUACGUACCAGCUUCCUCCUCCGUAACACCAAGCCUCACAAGGCUAUCACAAGUGCAUAUUGAGCGCCCAUUAUCAAAAAGCCC